CCGCUCCUGCCGUAACUCCGCCUGGGCGCGGGGUACGCUGGGAGUUGUAGUUCCGGCGGCACAGCCUUACAGAGUCUCCGGAAGUGUAGGCGUGAGCGGCGGGGCAGCCCAGGCUUUGGGUAGCGGAACUGCAGAAGCUGGCUGCCGCUCCCGGGCCGGUCAUGAACGGGCCGGCGGACGGCGAAGUGGACUACAAAAAGAAAUACAGGAAUCUGAAGCGGAAGCUCAAGUUCCUCAUCUACGAGCACGAGUGCUUCCAGGAGGAGCUGAGGAAAGCGCAGAGGAAAUUACUCAAGGUGUCCCGGGACAAGAGUUUCCUCCUAGACCGACUUCUGCAGUAUGAGAACGUGGACGAAGACUCUUCAGACUCAGAUGCCACUGCAUCAUCAGAUAACAGCGAGACAGAGGGGACACCCAAGUUAUCUGACACUCCAGCCCCUAAGAGGAAGAGAAGCCCUCCGCUGGGGGGGGCCCCCUCUCCCUCCAGCCUCUCCCUGCCUCCUUCAACAGGGUUUCCCCUUCAGGCCUCCGGGGUCCCCUCCCCAUACCUGAGCUCGCUGGCCUCCCCCCGCUACCCCUCAUUCCCUUCUGACUACCUGGCCCUGCAGCUGCCUGAGCCCAGCCCCCUGAGGCCCAAGCGGGAGAAACGGCCCCGCCUGCCCCGGAAACUCAAGAGCUCGUGCUCUGGCUGCAGUGCGGAGGAGCUGGAUCUGGGAGAGGCUGCAGGCAGGGAGUCCAGUUAGGAGGCUGGGACCGCAGCCCAGAUGGCGGUGGGACCCCCUGACUGCCCUGUGGGAGGGCCGCUGACCUUCCCUGGCCGGGGUUCUGGGGCCGGGGUCGGGACAGCCCUGACCCCCCUCCCGCCCCCCAAGAUGCCCCCCCCCACGAUCCUGAGCACAGUCCCUCGGCAGAUGUUCAGCGACGCAGGUAGCGGGGACGAUGCCCUAGAUGGGGAUGAUGACCUGGUGAUCGACAUCCCGGAGUGACUACAACCUUGCACCACGCCCACCGCAGCCCCACCCGGCGCCUCCCAGUGCAGCACACACGAGCCCAGCUUCCCGGAGGUGUUUAUUGAUACCCAGCUGCCAUGCUCCGGCUACUGACACAACCAGAAAAGGCGUAAACAUGCACGGGUGUCCCCCAGGAGGGUGGCAGGGGCCCUGCCUUCAAACCCUGGCCCCAUCCAGGGGACAGUUAAACGAGUGGCUGGGAGCAUCUGCCACCUGCUGGAGAGGCAGAGACGCUGCGAUCGCCACCCCUUUAAAAGGGCAGCUGUACGGGGCUAGGUUUUUUAAUGAAGUUUCUGUAUUAAAGGAGUGGCUCUGG